AACAGUUGACUGUUGUUAUGUUGCAGCUAGCUGAUGUGGAUAGCGCUAGCGCAGAUCGAAAAUUUGGGAAAUGCAGAAUGAGAGGCCAGCAUAGCCCAGGCCACAUCGCUGAUUAAUUAAUUUAGAAUUUGAAAGACAGGCAUCAAAGAAAAUGGAUGACCUCUUAGACAAGCAGGAGAAGCGUGAGUACUGUGACUAUGAGGACUGUGCCUGGGUGGAGAAUCUUGGAGUUUCCUUCCAAGCCAUGCGGCAAGCGCUAGAAUUGACAGAUAUGAAGCUGCGUGCUGGAGACACCGAGUUCCCUUGCCAUCGAGUCGUGCUUGCUGCAAGUAGCCCCUUCUUCCGAGCCUUACUCACAGGACCAAUGAAAGAAGAGUCAAGGACGACCUUUGACCUGCAAGACACCUGCAGUUCAACAUUGAGUCUUCUUCUUGAUUUCAUGUACACUGGUAAGCUUCGAAUCACGGAGGAAAAUGUGCAGGAUGUACUCGUCUCUGCUAAUUAUCUAUUAUUGGGGCGUCUGGUGGACGCAUGCUCAGACUUCUUACGGAGGCAGUUGGAUUUUCAGAACUGUUUUGAGAUGUACUCCUUUGCGGAUGCCCAUGGAUGUGAGGAGCUGCUGAGAGCCACGCAGAGGUACAUUCUUAGAAACUUACCAGAAGCUUCCUCCUCUCCAGCAUUCUUAGAAGCGGGCUUUGAGCAGUUGCGUUCACUGCUGGGUGAAGACAAUCUCAACGUAUCGAGUGAGAUGGACCUCUUUCGGAGCAUCAUGGAUUGGGUGUCUCAUGAUGUUCAAGACAGAAGCUGCCAUCUUCUGGAAUUAUUAAGACUCGUAAGACUUCCUUACCUUCCUACAGACAACCUGAACUUGAUAUCAAAUGAUAAGCUCAUUGCUGCCAAUCCCGGCUGCAAGACUGUAUUACACAAUGCACAUCUCUGUAAGGAAGAUUUAAUACCCUAUCCUAUUGAAUGGAGGAGUCCAAGGAGCUCAACCAAUCAGGUGGAAGUAUUGGUUGUUCUAGGUGGAGUGCAUUCUAGUCAGCUUGGUAAUAGUAGCAGUAGUCUACAGCAUUACUGGUGUGACCCAAGGUCUCAGCUACUAUCAUGGAGUAAGCACUCUGCCAUGCCCCACAUGCUACGCAACACGGUCAUGUACGAUGUGACAAAGUUCCGGAAUGAUAUCUAUGUGAUAGGAGGAUUUGACGGAGAGCAGGGUACGCUUGGUCAUGUGUGGCGCUAUCAGAUCGACAACGACCAGCGAGAGACGUGGGGUAGGGUGCCCGCACUCAUCACGUCUAGGUAUCAGCAUGGAUCAGGUGUAGCCGGGGGUCACCUUUUUGUUGCCGGGGGUUACGACGGUCGGGAAGCUCUGAACAAUGUCGAAUGCUUCAGCCCAGGCUGGGAGAGAUGGCAGCCCUGUCCACCAAUGCCAGAGGCCGUUACAUUUCCUGCUGUUGUGGGCUAUCAUAAAAGACUGUUUGUGAUUGGUGGAAUGAAGAGUGACUCGUGUGCAUUUCCUUGGAUUCAAUGCUUCGACAUGGCCACACAGUCGUGGAGUAUUAUCAAGACAUUGGAGCUCAAAUCAAAAGGUAGCAAAAGUGUCCUGCUAAACGAUGCCAUUUACAUCAUAGGAGGGCCAUCCAAUCAGGUCCAUGUUUAUGACCCAGAGAACGAUGUUUCUUUUGAUGUUGCUCCUACCUUGGAUAUCCAUGUGUGUGCUGGUGUCACAGUCAAUAACGGGAAGAUCUAUGUUGCUGGAGGAGACAACUUGAAGGACAGACAGAACUGGAACAGCGUUGAGUGCUACGAUCCUGCCUCAAAUACCUGGUCUAUCAUCGGUAAGAUGGUCAUCCCUCUCUACUGGCAUGGUUUGGUGUCCAUAGUUAGACCUAAUAUGCCUCCUAUGAAAGCAUACCUGGACUCUACCAAUGUUUAUGAAGUUGGCCCAUCCAUGAUGUUCAGAGGUUUCCAGGAAGGACCUCCUGAUCAUGAUCCAAGAUGAUGGCAGGGUUAGGGUUAGGAUGAUGGCAGGGUUAGGGUUAGGAUGAUGGAAGGAAGGACCUGCUGUGUGUGUGUGUAAUUUGGUUUUUACAGACGUGU